UUCAUGGUAGAUCUGAAAAUAUUAUUUUGAAUCAUUUGAAAACAAAUGAUUUGAUUACAAAUGAAAUUUUAGGCGCAAUUGAUAUGAUUGUAGUAGAACAACCAGAUGGUUCCUAUCAGUCGACUCCUCUUCAUGUUCGGUUUGGAAAAUAUGGAGUUCUCAACAGUAGUGAAAAAUAUGUUGACGUAACGAUAAAUGGUAAUCCUAUCGAUGUAAAGUUGAAAUUGGGUGAAAAUGGCGUCGCUUUUUUUGCCGAACAAACAGAUGAUGAUGUGCCAGAUUUUCUAACAACAAGUCCAAUUCCAGGAAGCAGUCCACUUAAUACUGGAGCUGUUUUGGAAAGUAAUUUAGGCAUAUCUCAGCAGUCGCAAAAUGAUCACUAUUCCCUGCGUUCAAAUGCAGCUCAAUCUGUUUCAUCCAAUUUUCCCAUUAGCAGCGUUGAAAAGGAGUCAGUUGUUUUCGAUGGUGAAAUCUUUUCAUGGUUAGAAAAAUUGGAAUUCGCAGAAAAGAAAUGGAAAAAAGAAUUAGCUUUUAAAGCAUCAAUAUUCAGUCAACGAAUGAACCGAUCCUUACCGAAUAUUCCUGAGACAGUAGAAAUUGAAAAUGACCUUGCUAAAGAACGCAGAACUGCAGAAUCACGAAUUUGCAAAUCAUCGGAAAAACGAAGUUUAACGCCGCCACCACCUUAUUCCCACAGGAGGACAAAAAAUUUAAAAAUACGUCUAAAGCGAACAAAGCGCGAAGAAAUAGACGAUGUAAGUUGUGAUAUGGGAAAAGAAUCUUAUAGUGAUGAUGAUCAGUCUUCCGUGUCAUCAUUUACUAGUGGAGAAUCCGUCAUUCGAAAGCGAAUAACUGAAAAAAAUGAGGCGAUGUUAAAAGAAGCACUCUCAGAUUCAGAAAUCGACAAGAGGACCAUGGAAAGUCAUGAUGUUGCUGAAUGGAAUUGGGGUGAAUUACCGAAAACACGAAAGCAGUCUGCUUGGAAAUGGAAAGAUAUUAAUGCAGCAGAUAUAAAAGAUAGCACUGCUAUAGAAACUAAUAAAGAUGUUGCACCAAAGAAGAAUGAAUAUUAUUCAUGGAGUGGUUGGUUUACAUGGUCUCGUCCUAAACCUACUGAAGAUCAAGGAAUAUAUUUGGAUGAUCUUAUGCUGAAUUCGCAGACUGAUCCAAGUCAGAUUGAAAAAUAUCUAGGAAUGCCUUCAUCUGCCUGUCCCUCUCCACCAUUUGAUAGUGGCAAUGGAUCUAUCGUAGGCACCAGUUUGCCAGCUAUAGUGACUGAUGUGGAAACUAUGCACCCACUUUCAUCUGAAGUCGAUGAAGAAAGACUGGAGAAAGCUGAAAGACAGAAAGUGGAAGAAUCGGUUUUUCAGUCCAGUGGCAUGGCAUCUCAGGUUUCAGGCCCUGUUUUUAAUGAGAGCGAUGGAAGAAAAACAGUACAAAGUGCUUCGUCUUCAAGUGAUAUAUUUAUAAUGAGUGACGAGGAACAUGAUAAUAUUCCGUCAACAUCAGAAGCUCCCCCGAAUAAGCGAAAGUAUAAGCGUUCAUUGCAAUUGUCUAGUGAGAAAUUGAAAAAACUCGGUCUGCGAAGAGGAGCAAACGAAGCACGUUUCACAAUUACCACAAGAUUCCAGGUUAAAUUAGUUUGUAACUAUAUAUGA